CCAGAAAAAUAAAAAAGUACACAAAAUAGGUUCAACCACCUUCUUGUUUGGAAGGACACCCAAAGAAGUCCGCAGGUGUCAGAAUAACUGUUUUUCCUUCCUGAUGACGCAGGAGACAAUUUGAAGAAAUGGUAUCCCACUUUAACAAGGGAUCAGUAGAAGAACUUGCAGAAUAUAUUGCAGAAGCAACAUCAGAAACACGUCAGAAAAUGUUAAAGGAAUUUUACACUGCCAAACAUCCGGAAACAGAGGCUUUAUUUCCAGUUGAAAUACCAGCGCAUGUUUCACAUAACUAUGAGGAAGGAGAAGUGUGUACUAGACGUUCCAGAAAAAGAAAAUCUGUUGUUAAUUUUGGAAAAUCCAAGUCUAGACCUUCAUCAGCUAAAGGUUAUCUUCUGAGUGGAACUACAGAAACAAGCAGCCAGCAAAUGCAGAAAGGAGAGGCAGAGCAACUUCAUAAUGUCUCCUGCGUACAAGAUGUGUGUGUUAAUGCAAAAUGUAAACAAUCACCCACUGUUGCUGCUCAACAUAUCAGAAGGGGAAACAGUCAAGCAUUCACGGAUUUUAUGGCAUCUGGGUCAUUAAGCAGUAAAUCAGAAAUAAUUGAGGUGCUGUCUGUAAAUAGCUGUAAAGGACAGCAGGACUCAGAAGGAACACAGACACCAAGAAAAAGGUCCCUGUCUCAGUCAGAAAAUGGGGAGAGAAAAGCUCAGACUUGUAAUAAAAACUCUUUUGUGGACUUACUUGGAGAUACCUCAAUUCUUAAUGACUUCUUCAGAAAUGAUGGAAAUGGCCCUAAAGAGUUAUCAAGGAGAAUUCCUUCAGGGCAAGCAGAAAAGUCAAAAGAGAGACCGAAAGACUUCUGGGACAUGCUGAAUGAGCAGAACGAGGACAGUCUCGGAAAGCUCAGAGACAUAGCAGUCAUAGAGAAGCUAUGUGAAAGAGCACCUCUUUCCUCAGUAACAGAAGAGAGAAAAGUGUGUGAAAGUUCUCUUUGGAAAAAAAAUGAAAACUUCCUCUGGAAAAAACAAGAGUCUAGAUGAUUAAGAUGAGUCAUCCACUGCUACAUCUUGCAAUGUAGUAAAGAAAGCUUUCUGCAUGAGUUGCACUAUGAUUGUUUUAGAUUUUUUUUAAAAAAAGUGAAUAACCACAACUUAAGCAGUAUGCAGCAUGCAUACUCCAUGAAAUUAAAGGUAAAAUGAUGAACUUAUAUUUAUGAUACUAAUGAUUUACAUUUUACAUUGGCUGUAUGGUGUACUAUUGUAAGCCAUGACAUGCUAAUUUUAAAUUAAACUCUUUUAAAAUCUUC